AUGGAGAUAAUGGUGGUGGUGACAGUGGUAUUAGGUCUUUUAUUGGGUGUGCUCGUUGUGAUUCCGCGGUUGCGUAAAUUGGAUCAUAGCAAAACGGUUCUGUCAAGUACUGCCAGCAAGGCAUCGAAAAUAUACAGUAAAGCUGAAGUUUCCUUGCAUAACAAGAGGACCGAUUGUUGGAUCAUCAUCAAGGAAAAGGUUUAUGAUGUCACCUCAUAUGUAGAAGAACACCCUGGGGGGGAUGCCAUCCUAGCACAUGCCGGUGACGAUUCAACUGAAGGGUUCUUUGGGCCACAACAUGCGACCCGAGUCUUUGACUUGAUCGACGACUUUUACAUUGGAGAACUGGACAAGUUCUCCAAUUAUUCUGAUUUACCCAUAUUGCUGCUUCUCUCAUUGCCAAUGCUUCUGCCUCUGGUGGAUCUUUUGUGUCUUGAAUUCGAAUCUUUGUUCUCAGCACUGUGCCUUGGUGGUUUCUAAUAAUUGUUGUUGCGCAUGAAUUUCCUCUCCAAUUGCUGCAUCGACAUUGAGCUUUAAUUCUCCUUCACUUGGUGGAAUCCAUUGGAUUUGUCUUUUGAGAUCUAGGACUUUUUAUUGCG